UACUGUUGACAAAAUGGAGACUUAUUCCUCUACUAUCAACUUUGUUGCACUCCUCAUGUUCUUAUCCUUCCUUUUUUUCCUAUUUGGCAAAUGGAGAAAAUCAGAACAACAAGAGUUGCCUCCAGGUCCAUGGAGACUCCCACUUAUUGGAAGUAUCCAUCACUUAAGAGGAGCAUUUCCACAUCGCACUCUUAGAAAGUUAGCAAGAAAGUAUGGGCCUAUCAUGUAUUUCCAACUUGGAGAAAUUCCUGCAGUAGUCAUAUCAUCACCUAAUGUGGCAAAAGAAGUUCUAAAAAUUCACGAACAUGCCUUUGCUGCUAAACCACAACUAACAUCCAUAAAUAUCAUUACUUACAAUGGUAAGGACAUCGCAUUUGCACCAUAUGGUGACAAUUGGAGACAAAUGCGUAACUUAUGUGUUACAGAACUCCUAAGUGCCAAGAUGGUUAAGUCUUUUAGUUCAAUUCGGAAUGAUGAGAUUUUGAGUCUCGUUUCAUCAGUUCAUUCCAUGAAUGGUUCUGUUGUUAACAUAACAGAAAAAAUUCUUCGGUUUACAAACUCUGUGACAUGUAGAUCAACCUUUGGAAAAGUAGACAAAUAUCAAGACGAGUUGAUCAAUUUGUUGAGGGAAGUACUGGAUUCAUUAGGAGGAUUUGAUGUGGCUGAUUUGUUCCCUUCUUGGAAGUUACUUCACAAGACAAGUGGGGUGAAAUCGAGAUUGUUAAAGCUGCAUCAGAAGGUUGAUGAAGCUCUGGAGAACAUCAUUAAUGAGCAUAUUAUGAAUAGAGCACUUGGAAGUAAGGGAAAUGGUGAGUUUGGAGGUGAAGAUUUGGUUGAUGUUCUCCUAAGAAUUAAGGAAACCGGCGAACUUCAAUUUCCAAUCACAAAUGAUCAUAUAAAAGCAGUAAUCUCUGACAUGUUUGCUGCUGGAACAGAAACUUCAGCUGCCGUUAUUACUUGGGUAUUAUCGGAAAUGAUGAGGAACCCAAAAAUUAUGGCCAAGGCACAAAGUGAAGUGAGACAAGUCUUCAAAGGAAAGACAAGUUUUGAUGAAAAAGAUCUUGAUAAAUUAUCAUACCUAAAGCUAGUUAUCAAAGAAACGUUGAGGCUACAUCCUCCAAGUCCUUUUCUGCCUAGGCAAUGUAUGAAACAAACAUAUAUUGGUGGAUAUAAAGUACCUCCCAAGACCAGAGUACUAAUCAAUUCAUGGGCACUUGGAAGAGAUCCAGAAAGUUGGCAUGACCCUGAGAGUUUUAUACCCGAGAGAUUUGAAAAUUCUUCUGUUGACUUUAUGGGAAAUCACUUUCAGCUUAUUCCAUUUGGUGCAGGAAAAAGAAUUUGCCCAGGAAUGCAAUUUGGUUUAGCCAAUGUUAAACAUCCUUUGGCUCGGCUCCUCUACCACUUUAACUGGGCGCUUCCAUAUGGAACUAGUCCAGAAGAUCUAAUUGAAAAGGAUGGAUUAAGUGCAGCGAAACAAAAAGAUUUGUGCUUAAUUGCCAUAGAUUACAGAAGCGAUGAAUUUUUUUGAUGUUGCGCUUUGAAUGGUGAAUGUUCAUACCGUAUAUGGUGCUUCACCUCCUUUAGUUUGGUAUAUAUUCGUGUCUCCCAUUUAUCGUUGAAGUUUAAGCUGAAAAUGAGCAAAGAAUAAGAUUCACAGUUGGUUAUACAAUC